UCCGGGAGUGCAUCGGGAGCUCCGCAGAUUUGAGGAACCCUAGUGUCUUACGGUGAACCCCCAUUUACAUUAUGCAAAAGUUCCACCCGGGACGACUGCAAGCGAAAGCCAGAAACUCUGCGCCCAACCACGGGGCCACCUUUCCGGAAAUCCACCUGAGCCUUUUCUUUUCCCCUGCAGAAAAAGCCCCGGGACUGCCAUUUUAAACAAAUUUAGACUAUUUGCAUACCUUAAGUUUGCAUGUAUUUGUCUCUGGCUUGAAAGGAGGGACCCUGGAUAACAAUUCUCAAGUAUGACGAUUCGCUCAAUAUUUCGUGGUUAGAAAACUGAGGACUGGGGGUAGGGAUCUCAACUCAAAGCCCUGUCUCAUUUGGUAACCUGAAGCCAGGGUAAAGAGUUCUAAAAACCAGCACCUUCUGGGACACAAUGGACCUUAUCUGUGGUACCAGUUACUAAUAAAGGCAGGAGGGGAAAGCAGGAAGAUCGCCUGGGUUGGGAAGUUCAAGACCAGUCUCAGAAACAUAGCAAGACCCUGUGUCACUGGAUGGUGUAUGUCUGUAAUCGCACCACUCAGGAGGCUGAGGCAGGAGGAUCACGUUAGUAACUCUAACCUUAAAUUCUAAGCUAGCCUGAGCUACAUAGUGAGACCCUGUCUCAAACAAAAACCGAAAUAAAACCAGCCUGCAGGUCCCUGACAGCAACUCACCACGCCCUGGGCCUCACGACACCCAGGGAAGCAAUGUCCCAGCCUCUGUCUCUCUUCUUGAGCCGUAGCAAGGGCAGAGACCAUAACGUCCAGAGGAGGGGUCGCUAGGCACCACCUGGUUUGCAUCCCUGCCCUGGCCCUGCCCAGUUCCUGAGUGGAACUGCAGGCCUGGAAAGCCAAGAGAAAACAGUCUGCAGUCUACCAGGCUUCAGUCCCACCCCUGUCGGGGGCAAGAAGCUGCCAGGUGUCUGGGCAGCUACCAUUUGUCCUCGUCAGAGAGUGCCCUCGGCCAUGCCGGGCACAGGGGCACCGGGCCAGUGUGUUCCUCGGGUGACUCACCUGCUCUGUCUGCUGCUGACCCUGACCUGCUGCCGGGCUCUCAGCUGCCGGGAACCAGCCUCAUCCCCUGACUUCACCCUCCCGGGUGAUUACCUCCUCGCCGGCCUGUUCCCCCUCCACAGUGACUGUCUGUACGUGAGACGCAGGCCCCAGGUGACCCUCUGCGACAGGCCUGACAGCUUCAACGGCCACGGCUACCACCUCUUCCAGGCCAUGCGGUUCAGCGUGGAGCAGAUAAACAACUCCACAGCGCUGCUGCCCAACGUCAGCCUGGGGUAUGAGCUGUACGACACAUGCUCCGACUCGGCCACAGUGUACGCGGUGCUGCAUGCGCUGGCCCAGCAGGGGACGAACCACGUGGAGAUCCAGGAAAACCUGUACCGCUACUCCCCCAAGGUGGUGGCGUUCAUUGGGCCCGAUGACACGGAGGACUCGGCCACUGCCGCCGCCCUGCUGAGCCCCUUCCUGGUGCCCCUGAUCAGCUACCAGGCCAGCAGCACGGUGCUCACCGCGAAGCGGCUGUACCCCUCUUUCCUGCGGACUGUCCCCAGCGACAGGUACCAGGUGGAGACCCUGGUGCUGCUGCUGCAGAGGUUCGGGUGGGUCUGGAUCUCCCUGGUGGGCAGUUUUGGUGACUAUGGGGAGCAGGGGGUGCAGUCACUGGAGGAGCUGACCACGGAGCGGGGUAUCUGUGUCGCCUACAAGGGCAUCGUGCCUUUCUCUGCCCAUGUGGGCGACGCAGCAAUGCAAAGCAUGAUGUACAGCCUGGCCCGGGCCAGGACCACCGUGGUGGUGGUCUUUGCCAUCCGCCGGCUGGCCAGAGUGUUCUUUGGCUCUGUGAUGCUGGCCAACCUAACUGGCAAAGUGUGGAUCGCCUCAGAAGACUGGGCCAUCUCCACACACAUCAGCGGGAUGUCCGGCAUCCGGGGCAUUGGGAUGGUGCUGGGGGUGACCAUCCAGCAUCGGUCCAUCCCUGGCCUGGAGGAGUUUGAAGAGGCCUAUGCCCGGGCAGACAAGGGGGCUCCAAGGCCUUGUCCCAGGGGCUCCUGGUGCAGUACCAAUCAGCUCUGCAGAGAGUGCCAAGCCUUCACAGCACACAGGAUGCCCCUGCUGGGGCCCUUCUCCAUGGCUUCUGCCUACGAAGUGUACCGGGCGGUGUAUGCUGUGGCCCACGGCCUUCACCAGCUCCUGGGCUGUGCCUCUGGCUCCUGCUCCCGGGGCCGAGUCUACCCCUGGCAGCUUCUGGAGCAGAUCUACAAGGUGAAUUUUCUUCUGCACGAGGACACUGUGACAUUUGACAAAAAUGGGAACUCCUUCAGUAACUAUAACAUCAUUGCCUGGGACUGGAGCGGGCCCAACUGGACCUUCAGGGUCAUCGGCUCCUCGACAUGGCCCCCUGUCCAGCUGGAUAUAAACAAGACCAAUAUUCCGUGGCAUGGAAAGGACAACCAGGUGCCCUCGUCGGUGUGUACCGAAGACUGUACCGAAGGGCACCAUCGCGUGGUUUGGGGUUUCUUCCAUUGCUGUUUCCAGUGUGUUCCCUGUGAGGCUGGGACCUUCCUCAACAAGAGUGAUCUCUACCACUGCCAGCCUUGUGGGAGAGAAGAGUGGUCGCCUGAGGCCAGCCAUACCUGCUUCCCACGCAUCGUGUUGGUUCUGACUUGGCAUGAGCCCAUCUCUUUGGUGCUGUUAGCAGCUAAUACACUGUUGCUGCUGCUGCUGCUGGCUACUGCUGGUCUGUUUGCCUGGCACCUGGACACCCCUGUAGUGAGGUCGGCUGGGGGUAGGCUGUGCUUCCUCAUGUUGGGGUCCCUGACAGCGGGCAGCUGCAGCCUCUACAGCUUCUUUGGGGAACCCACACUAUCUGCGUGCCUGCUGCGCCAAGCCCUCUUUCCCCUUAGUCUUACCAUUUUCCUGUCCUGCCUGACGAUUCGCUCCUUCCAACUGGUCAUCAUCUUCAAGUGUGCCACCAAGGUGCCCACGUCCUACUAUGCCUGGGCCCGAAACCACGGAGCUGGACAGUUUGUGAUGCUCAGCUCAAUGGCCCAGCUGCUCAUCUGUCUAAUCUCGCUUGCGGUGUGGACCCCACUGCCCACCAGGGAAUACCAGCGUUUCCCCCAGCUGGUGGUGCUAGAGUGCACAGAGACCAACUCGCCAGGCUUCCUGUUGGCUUAUAUCUACAUUGGCCUCCUCUCGGUCAGUUCCUUUGCCUGCAGCUACCUGGGCAAGGAUCUGCCAGAGAACUACAACGAGGCCAAAUGUGUCACCUUCAGCCUGCUCCUCAGUUUCGUAUCGUGGAUCACCUUCUAUACCAUGUGUAGUAUCUACCAGGGCCAGUACCUGUCCGCGAUCAACGUGCUGGUCAGGCUGACCACCCUGAGUGGCGGCUUCAGCGGCUAUUUUCUCCCCAAAUGCUAUGUGAUCCUCUGCCGCCCAGACCUCAAUAACACGGAGCACUUCCAGGCCUCCAUACAAGAUUACACGAGGCGCUGCGGCUCCACCUGAGCUGGGGGACAGGUGGGGCCGACGAGGCAGGGCAGACAAUAAGCUUCCCCUGCCGGAUGGGUUGAAGGCCAGCUGGCCAAGGGCCUGCGGGAUCUUCAGUCUUGACUCGCGAUGUGUAAACCCUCGGGAAAGUCCAGCCCCAGGCUCCAGGCUGCCAAUAAAGAAGUGAAAAGUG